GAGAGAGAGAGAGAGAGCGAAGGAGAGAGAGCGAAGGAGAGAGAGAGGGAGAGAGAGAGAGAGAGAGAGCGUGUAACAUUUACAGUGGGAACGACAUGCACAAAGGCAUUCUAUUUCCUCCCUCCAGACACACAAACUCACAUUCUCUCAUAGCUCUGUAGCACGCGGGCUGCUUCGGCACGCCAUCUCUUCACACACACACACACGCGCGCGCGCACUGCAGCCAGUGCGCACACACGGACACACACAAACUCUCUUCGUCGGCUUUCCUCUGCACGCGAAAGGCUGUCCCACUCAGCGCGCACUCGACGUGGCCGUUAUUCUAUUUCACAAGACACGGGACUGUCCGGGCUCUGAAAAUAAAUCCACACAACAACCCGGUGAACGUUAAUAAACCUCGGCUGACAUCGGUAAAGAAAUAACGGGACCGGGCCCACGGCACUGCAUUUCAGCACGCGGACAGAAACACAGAGACAGACAAACCGGGUUCAGGCAUCGGGACUCACGCGCUGCAUGCAAGCCCUGUACGCCGCCUCCGCGCACAGAAUGCAGCAUCCCCUGACGGGAGGAACGUGUGUGGCGAUGCCCAACGUAGACAUGUGUCCUCAACUGUCCUGCGCUGCUCUCACCUUUAUGUACCUCCAGCAGGGUAACCAGGAGGCCCCUCCCCCUCCAGACUCCAGGACUCAGCCGUACCCCUCCGCCCAAUUUGCCCCCCUCAGAACGGCCUGCCCGCUGAGUUCACCGCCUCACACCCUCACCCUGCGCCCCCAGACUACACAGGACAGCCCCCCGUCAGCGAACACCCUCUCAACAUGUACCCCACUUCACAGAACCACAGUGAACAGAGUGGACAGGACACCAGCAUACAGACCGUCUCAGCCACAGCCACAGUAUGACAUCUCUCCUUCAUUACAACAUCUUGGAUAUAUACUGUUACUGGCAUACUGUAUAUUACUGUUAUAUAUUACUAUUUUAUACAACAGGUGGAUCUAAUCCUGAAUGCUGAUUGGUUAGCACCGGCUAAAUCUAUAAUGUUAAAAUGCCCAUUUAUUCUGUUCCAUCUGACUGUGCAAUCCACUAUCUCAUCAGC